AUGCUCAGUCAGGGUAACAGAAAAAAAAAAAAGCCACCACCAUAAAAGGAUGUGUGCAUCGUCUCUCUUAAAACAACAUGCCAAGGUUAACAUAUCUCAGUGUGGGCAGACACUGACGGCUACUGCACACAAGCCCCAACAAGCCACGGAGAUACAUCUCGACCACCCCACCACUGGAUAUAAAAAUGACAAACAACUUUACUACCCUCUCAGUACCUCCUCAGGGCAAUGACUGUGACCUGUAUGCCCACCACAGCACAGCCAGUGUGUUGAUGCCUCUGCAUUAUAGCCUGGUCUUCGUGGUUGGGCUGGUGGGAAACUUGCUGGCCUUGGUCGUCAUUGUUCAAAACAGGAAAAAAAUCAACUCUACUACCCUCUAUUCUACAAAUUUGGUGAUUUCUGAUAUACUUUUCACGACUGCUUUGCCGACACGGAUAGCCUACUAUGCACUGGGCUUUGACUGGAGAAUCGGUGACGCCCUGUGUCGGAUCACUGCUCUCGCGUUUUAUAUCAACACAUACGCGGGUGUGAACUUCAUGACCUGCCUGAGCAUCGACCGCUUCUUUGCUGUGGUGCACCCUCUGCGCUACAACAAGAUAAAAAGAGUUGAACAUGCAAAGGGUGUCUGUGUAUUUGUCUGGAUUCUAGUCUUUGCUCAAACCCUCCCGUUACUCAUCAACCCUAUGUCAAAGCAUGAGCCACAAAGGACAACAUGCAUGGAAUAUCCAAACUUUGAAGAAACAAAACAUCUGCCCUGGAUUCUGCUGGCUGCCUGUCUUAUAGGCUACGUGCUUCCACUGGUGAUCAUCCUCAUCUGCUAUACUCAAAUCUGCUGCAAACUCUUUAAAACUGCCAAACAGAACCCGCUCACAGAGAAAUCUGGGGUAAACAGAAAGGCUCUCAACACCAUUAUCUUCAUCAUUGUUGUGUUUGUUCUCUGCUUCACACCUUACCAUGUUGCAAUUAUCCAGCACAUGAUUAAAAAGCUCCUUUUGCCUGAUCCCCUGGAAUGCAGCCAACAGCACUCGUUUCAGAUUUCUCUGCACUUUACAGUAUGCCUGAUGAACUUCAAUUGCUGCAUGGACCCUUUUAUCUAUUUCUUUGCAUGUAAAGGUUACAAGAGAAAAGUGAUGAAGAUGUUGAGACGUCAAGUCAGUGUAUCAAUUUCCAGUGCUGUCAAGUCAGCCCCUGAAGAAAAUUCUCGUGAAAUGACAGAAUCACAGAUGAUGAUACAUUCCAAGUCUUCAAAUGGGAAGUAGAAAAGAUUUCAUUCUGGAUUUUUAGCAAAGUAAGCUGAAAGAUGAACUUUGCUAGACUUGUAUGAAGCAAAGUGAUCAUUUGCUUCCCAAUAAGGAUUCUUUUGAAUUCUUCUCAUUGGGAACUAUUUUUCACUUCCAACUUGAGAGUGAACUAAUAUAUUAGUAUACAUGUGUAUGUAAGAACAUUUAUGUGAUGCAUAUAUCAGCUGGCAAGAAAAGCUGGUAAUGCAAAGUUCUAAUCUGUAAAUGCAAUUGUAUGCCAAAGGGGAGGUCACCUUAAUAGCUCUCAAGGUAAAAAGAAAUUUCAUGCCAACAAAAAUCAAAUCAUUAUUACUCCUUGCCAAUCACUUGGCAAAAGAAAAAAAGACUGAUUAAAAUUGUACAUUGCUGGUGUAAAAAUGUUAAUAUUGUAAAAUAGUUUUGAUAAAAUUUCUUACAUCCA